AUGGUUCACUGCGCAAGAAAACUCGAGAAGUAUGCAGGACACCCACUGCGAUUCUUCGAGGGUCGAAUCUCCAGAGAAGCUGUCCAGAAGAUCACCUUGACCUUGAGUGACCAACAGCUCAUCACGGGGACUUCUAUCUUCAUUGCGAUAUUCGCCCAUAUGUGCGACAUCACGCAAUAUCACUUCAGAAUCGCCUACUAUCUAGGCGCUGCCAGCUUCCUGACACACCAGGCUACAGUUAUGAUUGUCAGUGACUUUCUUAAGGACUUUCCCCUAAGGAGAGCAUGGCGGAUGCUCUGGGUCAUCGCUAUCUUUGCUUUUGUCUUUCUCAAUAACCUUGUUGUUUAUAGCUCACACUUUCGCAGCGACUCAGGACUCUCGGUGCUGUGUCUCUUUCCCCCCAAGCUCAGCGCCACCAACUAUCCUGCAAACAAGAUCUUGCUUAUCCUUACCUCUAUUUUCUGGGCUUGGGGUCUCUUGGCCGUGGUGCGAGACCUGUUCCCCGAGCUUCUGUCCUGCCUGCGCAAGCUAUUUCGUCCAUUGGUGCCAAUGCUGGAGAAGGCAUUCAAUAUUAUCUCCGGUCAAGGCAUAUACCUCUGGGCUCAGGAAAGAGAAAAAGCAACAGAACCACAAAGCGCAUCCAGAUAUAUGUGGCGACUCCUGCAGGCGAUCCUUUUUCCUCCAAUCGUCUUCUCCUUCAGCUUAACGCAGCUUGUCUCUUCUACAGUCAUAGACUUAUUCAGAAUCAUCACAUCUCUGGUAGCAACCUCGUUGGGCAUCUCCCGUUCCAAAACAUCCUCCUACGUGGUCGAUGAAGACAGCGUUUGGAAUUUCGGUCAGAUAAUGUCGAUAUUUCUUCUUGCUUUGCCGCUGUUCCAAGCGCUUGAGCUUCUCUAUGAGGGCUGGCAGGCAAGUCCAAGGAAGGGUCAAGUCAUGGACCUGGAUAUUAAUAGUUCAUCCGCGGACCUAAAUCAGCCUACUGUGUCGGAGAGAGAUGUUUUUCAAUUUUCUCGAGUCGUCAACGCCGAAACAUUCCGAGAAAACCCAACGAGCACUGCUAGUAGUAGUGUCGACUUGAAAGAACGACUCUACCGCAGUCUUGCUUUCCGGAUUUGGAUGAGGUUUCUUGUCCUGGGGAUGACCGCGGCAACGUGUCUGGUGUGUACUGGCUUGUUUGGGCAAGAAAUCGUAUUAUGA